AUGGCUACAACUGCACGUCAUUCUGUCCCCCGUUUUGACGACAACCAUUUACCGUCUGAUGCCAUGUCAUCCGCAAACAACGUCGACAAGGUUGUGCAAUCAGUAACAAACGCCACUAAACGAUUAUCACAAAUAUCAACUAGCACCAACACUUCUUCCAAAAAGAGAAAAUCUCAAAACAAAAUUGGACCUUGGAAAUUGGGCCGUACUUUAGGUAGAGGCUCCACCGGGAGAGUAAGGUUGGCGAAAAACAUUGAAACUGGUCAAUUGGCUGCGAUAAAGAUUGUACCCAAAUCGAAUUUUAGAAAAUUGGAAAAUCCAAAGUAUAAACACAAACCAGAGUCUGGAUCAGAAGAAGACGAUGACGCAGUGCAAAGACUACCAUAUGGAAUAGAACGAGAGAUUAUCAUCAUGAAGUUGAUGUCACAUCCAAACAUCAUGGCAUUAUACGAUGUCUGGGAAAACAAAAAUGACUUGUACUUGAUUCUUGAAUAUAUAGAGGGAGGUGAGCUCUUUGACUACUUGAUCAAAAAGGGUAAGCUACAAGAAUUUGAAGCUGUCAAUUACUUCAAACAAAUCAUCAAUGGUAUCAACUAUUUACAUCAGUUCAAUAUCUGUCAUCGAGACUUGAAACCAGAAAACUUGCUAUUAGACUUCAACAAAAACAUCAAAAUAGCCGAUUUCGGAAUGGCUGCUUUGGAAGUGAAUGAAAAACUAUUGGAAACUUCUUGUGGAUCGCCUCAUUAUGCAUCUCCAGAAAUUGUUGCUGGUAAAAACUAUCAUGGAGCCCCUUCAGAUAUUUGGUCUUGUGGAAUCAUAUUAUUUGCAUUGCUAACUGGUCAUUUACCCUUUGAUGAUGAAAAUAUAAGGAAGUUGUUACUCAAAGUGCAAAGCGGUAAAUUUGUCAUGCCUCAUGAGUUGAGUUGGGAGGCCAAGGACUUGAUUACAAAGAUGUUGAGAGUUGAUCCAUUGGAUCGUAUUGAAAUUGAUUCAAUUUUGAGACACCCAUUGUUGACAAAAUACCCUGAACCAGCCACUUCAUUUGCAUCAACUACCACACUAGACAUUAAAUCGAUGGAUAUUAAACCAAUACAAUCGGUUGAGCAAAUGGAUAGGGAAAUUUUAACCAACUUGUCGGUUUUAUUCCACAAUUGUGACAAAAGAACCAUCAUCUCUAGAUUAACUUCCCCAGGAAAGAAUCCAGAAAAGAUGUUUUACUACUUGUUGAUGAAGUAUCGUAACGACCAUCUUGCCAAAGUGGGAGGGACAACUGCCACAAGUGAGACAGUUCAAACCAAAUCUGGGAGAUCAAUGUCAAGAUCAACAUCAAUUGUACAUACAAUCAUUUUUGAUGAUGCAACUGGCCAACCUAUAACCGAAACUACCAAUGUUGAACAAGUGAACCAAUCAAGCUCCAUUUAUGAAAACAAAUCCUUGUUGAAAUCAAAGUCUUCCAAACAAGUUUUGAAUAACAUUACCAACACCAAGGGAAAUGGCGUUGGCACCAAACAAUUUAAAGCAUCCACUUCAUUCAAUAGAAAAGGGUCAGCAACAAGUCAUAAACACAACACUCAGAUUGGCAAGAGUAGCCGUAAUACAUCAUUGCGUUCUCUUAGGUCGAAUACCCCAACACCACCAAAACUGAAUAGUCCAAAUAAAAGUGCACCAAGGAAACCACAACAACCACCUCCUACACUCCUCAAUGAUGCUGAAAUUCCGCAAAGGUCUCCCAAAAGAUCAGCAAAGGUUACCAAACUACCAAACAAGCCAGAAAAUCAAUCAAUCUUUAAAUUUGAAACGAUCUUAGAUGAGGUAUUUAGUGACACUCAAGACAAGGAGAAUGAUAUUCCUUCAAGGGCAGCAUCUACAAAUUCACGCCGAAAAAGGGAGGGUGCAUUAGCCAGAAGAGAACGUGAGCUUGCUGAAAAAGUCCGCCAACGCAACGAAGCAAGAGAAAGUCGUCUCAGAAAAGAGGAACAGGCCAGACGUGAACUUGAGGAAGAACAAAGGCGUCUUGCUGAACAACAACAGAGACAUGAAGAAGAGAAAAGAGCAUUUGCAGAGAAGCAGAAAUUGGAAGAGGCGCAGAGCUUGCAGGAAAAGCAAAGACAGGCGAUUGCCAAAUUGAAGAAACAUGAGAGCGGUGGCGAUUUUGCCGGGCUCUUGAAAUCGAAUCGAAAUUCUGGAGUAUUUCCAACUACUGCUCCACCCCCAAUCAAGUCUUUAUUGGACCCGAGGAACUCACUCGCUCGGGCUAGAACUUUGGGUGCACCUACCCAAUCAAAAUCCACUCUUGGCACUGCAACUAGUCCACAUGUUAAUGAAAACACGUCCAAGGUGUUGCACAAGUUUGGAAUUGAUGUUGCUCCAUCGCCAAAGAAGUUUACUAGUGAUUUCAAAACUUCGAGUUCGAGAAAUUUGUCCUCCUUGUUGAAUCAAUCGCCAUCACCGAAUAUCAACAAAAGUUUCAAAACUUCGAGUUCAAGAAAUUUGGCACAAUACUUGCAAGAUGAGAAUGAGCCCAAUAAAAAUGACAAAAAGUUGACGAUUGAUACUUUUAAUAAAAUUGAGAGUGGAAAGAGCAAGACACAAGCAACAACGCAAGCAACAACGCAAGCAACAACGCAAGCAACAACAACAACAACACCAUCACCAUCAUCGACAGCAAAGGAUGCUUCAAGCAGAAGACAAAGUACUCAAAGCUCUUACUACAAAUCAAUGCUCAAUGACAUUGAUGAGGAUAAAGCUCAGGGAAAUGUCAAGAAAACGUUUACUCCCUCCAUUAAAGAAAGUGACCUCCAUAGUUCACGCAUGUCCUUGAUACCAAACCCGAGGUUCUCGCGCUUUUCAUUUGGUGGGUUAUUAGAGCCCAAAACUGUAACUAAUGAGGAAGGAGAUAUCACAAUCAUGAGUCAAACUUUGAACCAUUCAUCCACUGUUGUCAGAAGGUCCAACAAGUCAUCGUCAACGUUUGCCGGGUUAGGAAUUAAAGUUAGAGACACGAUCAAAGAAGAUGAUGAAGAAGGAGAAGAAGUGGGUAAUGCGCAAGACCACUUUGUUUCUGUCAAUACCACUGCCAUUGAUGAUGGCGAUCGGUCAGGAAGUGAACGCGGUGAAGGGGCCGACUACAGUUUUGAUGACAGUCAUUCGGAUGCUACAACGGUUGAGUCAAACUAUUCGUAUGUUGCUCCACCGCAAGAAGAAACCAGUGGUAUGUUUUUAGAUGCGGAUCUUUCCAAUUUCGACGUGAUUAGUUCUCGAACAGCAGAUGUAGGGAAGGUUACCCAUCAGAAGCCAAGCAUCAUUAGCUCAAAGGAGACGUUGGUUGCACAAAGGCGUAUCUCGAAUGAUGAAACGAUCCGUGCUGCUGCUGAUGAUGACAAUGGCAAUGGUGAUGAUGAUGAUCUUCGAAGCUCAUUCAGAGCUCAUGUGAAUGACGGAUUUGAUGAUAAUGACGAAUACUCGCUUGCUGAGGAUUCCAAUGCCAUUCAGCAACGUGAAGCAGAUGAGGGGCAAGAUCAAGGUGCGCCAGAGUUUGAGAGUGAUUUCAAGAGAUCAAGACUUUCAACUGGUAUAUUCAGCACGGCGCAGUUGCCAAGAAGUCCACAUGUUCAACUUGCUGAACCCAGUGGUGAUAAUGAUAGAGCAGAUGCAGCAAUGAGACGUAAAUCGACGUUGAAGGGUCAUGUUAUCACUAGUCCUGUCCAAGAUACAUUUGGUACCGAGGACAAACAACCUCUAUUCAGACGAUUUUCUACGAAAGCGAAAAGGGAUGCUCCGAAUGUGCCGGUGAUUGAAUCGGGCCAAGAGCAGGAGCCAGUCCCACAAAAAGGUCAUAAUCGAUUUUCGAGAAUCUCUGCUGGAUCGAGAAACUUGUUUGACAUGCGUAACCAACCGCAUCAACAACAGCAGCAACAACAACAACAACAACAACAACAACAACAAUCGACAGGUAAGAGCAAUUGGUUCAAAAAGUUUUUCCAAUCAUUGACUGGCUCAUCCAAACAGGACAAAUCGUCGUCAGCCUCAGAAGCCAAGCUUAAUAGAUUGACGAAUAGAGACAUCAAGAUUAUCGAAUCAUCACUAAAGUCAACCGACUUGAUACGACUUAUCAAAGAUCAAAUGGAAUUGAAGGAGCUCGAUGGGUCUGUGAACAAUGUUGGUAUAGAUGAAGAGUUUGGGUUGAUUACAGGUACGAUACCGAAAAAGUUUGCACAUGGGAAAAAACUCAAGUUUAGAAUUGAAGUGAUUGAUUUGAUCACGUCGUCGUCGUUGCAUCUUAUGAGAAUGGGUGGGAAUGAAAAGGGGUUUGAUAAUUUAGUCAAGAUUGUUACAUAUAUCAUCAAGAAGGAGGAACAGCAUUGGAGGUUGAGAAGUUGA